AUGUUACCUCGCUCUGAUGAUGUUCGUCAUAUGACGGACGAAAGCCGGAAUCGAAGCAGAUUGCCUCGGAAACAGCGUCAGCAUGAAUCUUCCAGUAAAGCCAAUCGACAGCUGGUCAAGAGGAGUCCGCCGUCGUCUUCUGGUGGAACCGACCUUCGAAUCUCUUUACUCAACACUUUCACUCUAACUCGAAGUAAGUUCAACAUUUAUGAAACAAGAAAUUCCUCGAAACCCAACUUUUCUUCGGAAGAAUCUCGUUGUACUGCAGCCGUUCGGCUGUUAUACGUUGUUCAGGUUGACGCUGCCCACGAGAUUUCCUGCCUCGUUUCGGGUGAAAACGGACUGAGCUUUCGUCCAUCAUAUCAUGAACAUCAUCAGAGCUUGGUUUCUUUCUUGUAA